AUGGAGGACGAGGAGGGCUACACGGCUUUGAACCUGCGUCCCAAGUGUGGCAGAUCGGAUGGCCCGUCCCCAGCCGGGAACCAAGGUUCCCGUCAGUAUCCUGGCUGGCUUCAAGUCGCUCUAGGGGCUGGGAAUCUCAUCCUGUCUGUGAUAUUGCUGGCGGUGUGUGUUUCCCACUUCAUGUCUGAGAAGGGACAGAGCCCGGCAGCCUCUGGGAGCGAUGGAGCCGGGAGCAGAGAUACACCAACACCCCCUGGGAGCGCAGACCCCAGCACAGCAGAAUGCAGCGCCCGCCUGGAGCGUUUCCGAUCCCAGCUGAGCCAACAUCUGUGCCACCCGGCCCAGCCCGGCCCAGCAGGGGGCUCUGGGUGCAAACUCUGCCCCACGGACUGGCGGCUGCGCGGGGACAAGUGCUACUGGGUCUCUGGAGGAAGUAAAACGUGGAGCGAAAGCCGAGCCGACUGCUCAGCGAGGGGCUCCCAGCUGCUGGUGAUCCGGGACCGGGAGGAGCUGGAGUCCCUACAGGACCUGACACGAGACGUGUCUCAGUUCUGGGUCGGACUGUCCGUCCCCUCCCCGGAGAAGGCCUGGACCUGGCUGGACGGCGCCCGGCUGGAUCAGACCCUGUUCCAGGCACCAGGCCCGGCUGAGGGGAACCGCUGUGGGGCAGUGAAGGAAAAUCGGAUUCGUUCUGACAACUGCGACGCUGGAUUUCAGUGGAUUUGCCAGCAAGAUGCCCUCCAGCUCUGA